CCAAACGUAGAGCUAGAGGUGUAAUCUUCUGGCCUGCUAUGUCUAAGAACAUUACAGCAGAGGUGCUCUCAUGUGCAGUGUGCAAUAGCACAAAGUCGCAUCAGCGAAAAGAGCCCCUCCAACUCCACCCUGUUCCAGAUCUGCCAUGGUCCACAGUGGCUGCAGACAUUCUUGAUUGGCAUGGCAAACAUUAUCAAGUUCUCGUGGAUUCAUACCCCGGCUGGUUCAAACUCGACCUGCUCCGAGAUUUGACCUCAUCAGCCGUCAUAUCCAAAUUGAAAAGACACUUUUCGGUACACGGUACACCUCACAUACUCAUCACAGACAAUGCUAGACAGUACACCAGCCAGCACUUCAAGGAUUUUGCUAAACAAUGGGACUUUACUCAUACCACAAGCAGCCCGGAGUUUCCCCAGUCAAACAGACUCGCAGAAAGAGCAGUCCGCAGUGCCAGGCAACUCAUGGAGAAAUCGCACAGAGAAGGAUCUGAUGUGUUUCUCAAUAUCCUGAACCUCAGAAACAUUCCCCGUCACCCAACAUUAGGCUCUGCUGCUGAGCGUCUUAUGUCACACCAAACUCGAGCAGCCAUUCCAGUGAGCACUAUACUGCUGGAGCCUGCCACGAGGAAUGUCAAGCAAGUUGCCGCCCAACUUCUCAACAAAAGGCUCACCCUGAAGCGCUGCUAUGACAAGUCGAGCCACCCACUACAGUCCUAUAUAGUUCAAGCUGAUGGGAAGAAUUAUAGGAGAAAUCGCCGCAAUAUGCUUCCUGUCGCAGAGCCACCAUCGCCGCAGCUCGUUGAUGACCCAGACCAACAGGACAACAGCCCCCCUACAGUGGACAGUUCUCCCCCACCACAAAUGCCAGCAUCACACACGGUGCAACCACAACACCCAUCCUCUCCCCAGCCCCAGUCCACAACGCCCUCACACAUUGAGAAUCAAGACACACAAUACACCACACGCUCAGGUCGCACCUGCAAACCAAAUCCCAAAUACAUGUGAAAAAAAAAAGAAGAAGAAAAGAAGAAGAACAAUCCCAUCUAUCCAGCGUGUUUAAUAUUGGGACUACUUAAACUCUCAAAGUGUUUAGUAGGCUAUGAAGAGGCCUAAACGUUAAAAGUGAAAUAAGAAGUGUUCAAUUAACCUUAUUUGUUUGAUUUAAGUUGCAAUGUUUACCAGUGCUAUUUUGUUGACGGUGCUAAAGACGAAAAGGAGAGGAUGUAGAUCAUCUGCUUAAAUGAUUAUAGUUUGUUCAUUAUGAGCCACCGGAGCCGCCGCUGUGUGGCCUCAUCCAGAGCUAUAGAGAGAGAGAGUUGCGACACUUCCAUUGGACUCCGUUGUAGCGCCUACUUCCGGGGUAUGGAGCCUCGAAUAGUUCCAAACAACCAUUUUACGGCGGAAGAGACCGUUCAUUUCCAUUGCUGGCCGCCGAGUAACUUCUGAGGGUGAUGUUCAGCACAUGAAGCCCUACAGAUGCCGCCGAUUCAACAAUGCUGAUUAUGAUGGGCGGUCAAUUUAACCUUUGCCUUAUUAGGUCCUCCACAGUCGCCCCAUCAGUCCCUGGCAGUCUGGUCCCUGGAGCAGCUGGCCCUGGCAAAAGUUAUUCCUUCACUGUUGACCCCUGACUGACUGGCCCUCGGCACACAAAUCCCUGGAUCACCUGCCCCUGGAUCACCUGCCCCUGGAUCACCUGCCCCUGGCAAUGUAACCUCUUGAUUGCUCUCUCCGUCUCCUGUGAUGUCCUUUUCAAUGCUCUUGAAAACAAUAAUUACAAGGUAAUGUUGCUGUUAUAUGUAUUUUGCCUUUGCAUUUGCAACUACUGUCAUCUCCAAUGUAAUAAAAUGAAUUAAAGCAAAACAUUUCUGUAAUGUGAAUUAAAUCAUCUGCCACAAUCAGAAACCAAUACAAUUUAUGAAUGGAUCUACCGGCAAUUGUUAAUUGGGUAGAAAUGUGUCGAUUAUCUACAUUGUGUGCAAAUCCUCAGAGAAUCCCUGCCUUCUGGUUGUUUUUUAAACUGAAUGUACAAAUAUGAAUUAUGUAAUCUCAUUAGGAGUGUAGUCUAUCCUUGAAUUACAUGAAAUGGGGAAUAUUGUUAGCUGCAUGGAUCAUACCGAAGUUUAAUUUGGUGCAAUAUGUGUGGUCCGUUGCACUUGGUUCCGGAGGCACCCUCACAGAAGGGGGUUUCCUCCUCUUCGGUUUAGGGUGAUGGAUGAAAACUGUUGGGCCUGCAUCGGGCCUCAACUUCAACAUCCUAUCUACUUUUGUGGCUUUGAAUCUGUCAUUUUCAAAGUGUACCUGUAGGUAGGCUUGUAAGAUCAGUUUCCAUUGCACUUCAAAUAUCAUUGGAAAGUCAUAAUUCUCUACACUUAGAAUUAUUAUGCCCUUUGAAAUGCUAGCAAGUGAUCUGAACAUUACGUUACAUCGUUUUUGACUGUUGCUGACUGUCAAUAAGUUUUGACGGCUGACCGUUGCCAUCCAUUUCUCCCUGCGCUCUUGGUCCUUGGGGAAGCCGUACAUGUGAUAACCCUUCUCGGACAGAUUGGGGCAUCCAAAUGCUGCACAGCCAACCAUGGUAUGACCAUUUAUCUAUAAAAUGUUAGUUGUAACCAAUGAACCAUGACACCAUUGAAGAUCACAGAGCGGGUAACAACUGUUCCUCAACCACUUAUGCCCCAACUUUUGAGAAUAGGUUAGAGGUCAGAGUUCAUGACCAAACGAGGAUCCUCCCUCCUAAACCCAUUUUGAAUUUGCUCAGGGCUAUUCUAAGUAUUGUAACGGCAUAAAGUAUAGUAUAUUUGCAACGUUAUAUGUUAAUGGUUUGCCCUAAGUAUAUAGUGUUCCCUGCUGUGUCCAUUGUUGAAUCUGUUCACACAAUCGCAAUCACUUGUUCUUGUCACACUAAUUGUUUAAUAAAAAAAAUUACAAUUUCAUUCA